GCGGCGGGCGCCUGUGCGCGGAGAGCGCGGGAGGUCCCCGGGCGGUGCGGAGCCGCGCCGCGCCGCGCCGCGCCGCCCUCCCGCCUUCUCGCCCCGGUGCCGACUAACGUCGCGCUGAGGGGCGGGCGGCGAUGCGGCUGCAGUGCGAGGUGGAGGUGGUCAGCCGGCUCCUGCCCACCUGCGGGCUGCGGGGCCGCGGCCGAGGCACCAGAGCGCUCCUCUCGCUCGGCCGCCCGCCCGGACGGGCGCGGGGCGGCGGCGUUUACCUCAUGGUGUGCACGGCGCGGGACCGGGUCGGCGCUCGCUACAAGGUGCAGGAGAACAUCGAGCGGUUCUUCACCCGGUUCGUGGAGGAGGGUAAGGCCACCGUGCGCCUGCGGGAGCCCGCCGUGGACGUCUGCCUCAGCAAGGCAAAUGCCAGCAAUUUAAAGAAUUUCCUUUCAGCUGUGAGACUGGCUCACCAAGGGACCAACAUAGGAGCUCUCCCACUCUCAGCUUUGGUACCAGCGAAGACCUCAGAAGUUGAAAAACCUAAGACAAAAAUGAUCAUAACUUCAAGAAGGGACUAUCCUCUCACCAAAAACUUUCCUUACUCCCUCGAACAUCUCCAGACCUCAUACUGCAAACUUGCUCGGAUCGACACACGUGUGCUUUGUUUGAAGAAACUCCGAAAACUAGACUUAAGUCAUAAUCAUAUUAAGCAGUUGCCGGCUACUAUUGGUGACCUGAUCUGUCUUCAGGAGCUCAAUCUGCACGACAAUCACCUGGAGUCCUUCAGUGGGGCUCUGUGCAACUCCACCCUUCAGAAAUCUCUUCAAUUCUUGGACCUCAGCCAAAACAAAAUUAAAGCACUUCCAAUUCAGUUUUGCCAGCUGCGAGAACUUGUUAAUUUAAAGCUCGAUGACAAUGAGUUGAUUAGGUUGCCAUUCAAGAUUGGCCAGUUAGAUCAUCUACGCUUUCUGUCAGCAGCUCGAAACAAACUUCCUUUCUUGCCCAGUGAUUUUAGGAAACUCUGUCUUGAGAACUUGGAUCUGUUUGGAAAUCCUUUUGAACAGCCUAAUCCGCUUGUUCCCAACAUACAACUGAAAAUACCAUUGACCUUAUUAGAGUGUGCUGCAAGAGCAACGAUAAAUUACAGAAUCCCUUAUGGUUGUCGCCUCCUUCCUUCUCACCUUUGUGAAGAUCUGGAAGUGGCUAAAACAUGCCAGUGCGGAAGUGCCUGUCUGAGCAGCUUCAUUCAGAUCACGGUGACCAUGAAUCUCCAUCACGUAGCUCACACUGUGGUCCUUGUGGAUAACAUGGGAGGUACAGAAGCACCCAUCAUCUGCUAUUUCUGUUCUCUAGACUGCUAUUCCCAGUUCCUGGAUAGGUACCUGCAGAGUAAUGGGUGACUGUUAACAAGUGCAAAAGCUUUGCCUGAAGUUCUAGUCCAGUGACGGAGGAGCCUGAAAUUGUUUUCUGCUUGUUACCCACAUGUGCUGUCAUAGGGCAUCUGCCACCGGUAGCAAACGUCAGCCUUGCAGUGAGGGGGCACUGUCGGCCUGGUCUGGUGGCCUGACUGUUCCUCCACCCCAAGAAUCUCUCUUUGGUUGGAAUAAAAAGCGAUGCUUAGCUUGAAUGAAUCUUCCUUAGAAUGUAUUCUGCUUUCUUUUUCCUACUGCUGUGACUUUGUUUGGAGUAUUAUGACAGUUUUCUUUGUUCUGUGGUGUAAGUGGUUUCUCCUUGCUAAGAGAAGCAAGGUGAGCGUGUAUCAGACUGCUUUGCUUGCUUACAUUUGAGGCUCUGAACUCUGCCUACAGAAGAGGACUGCGUUGACUUUAUCACUGGACUGGACUCUUCCUGACUUGUUUACCGCACACCAACUCAGUAGGCUGCUAUGAGAAGAAAUUACAGUGUGAGCAGUUUAAAACUGGUCAUGUAAUUCCAGGUGCUUCUUUUUAAAAAGUUCUGUUACAGCAUUCUCACUUCAGGCGGGGACCAGCAUUGCUGUUUUUUUUAUCAGAGCAAAUGUUUUUUGUUUUAUCUCUUUGUUAUACAAGAAAUGUCUCUUUUUUUCUAAAUAUGUGACCUAAACUUUGUUUCUUAAUUCUCACAUUUUAAAGAUUCUUUAAUUGUUCACUACUGUGUCAAUUUAAUUAAAUUUUUAAACCCUUCUA